UUCAGGGCUAGAGCAAGGCCAUACAAACUUCCAUCUUCUAAUCGGCUUGUGGGAAGGAACAUGUUUGCAGAAGAUUGUUCAAAGUGUCUAGAGAAGAGGGACUGGGAGAAUGUUAUAUGCUCGGUUUGCAUGGAGUGUCCGCACAAUGCUGUUCUUCUCCUCUGCUCAUCGCAUGACAAGGGAUGUCGUCCUUACAUGUGUGGAACCAGUUUCCGGUAUUCCAAUUGCUUAGAUCAGUACAAGAAAGCGUCAGCUAAGCUAAAGUCAUCGAGCCAUCAUCAGAUCAAUAAAUCUGAGCUUGGGAAUCUCACAUGCCCACUUUGUAGAGGCCAGGUGAAAGGUUGGACAAUUGUACAGCCUGCUCGUGACUUUUUGAAUCUUAAGAAGAGGAUCUGUAUGCAGGAGAACUGUGUGUUUGCUGGAACCUUCAAAGAGCUGAGGAAACACAUGAAAAUGGACCACCCU